GUCCCACAGAAAUUUUCCAUCUGUCCAUGACUGCAGGAUCCGGAGGCUCCAGCCACCCUGGAAAAGGACCGUCCGCUGCUCUGAGUCAUGUGUAAGUGGGAAGUCGCACUGACACGGAGCCUGGCCAGAGGGAGCCGAGCCGAGAGCGGCGCGGGGCUCGGGGACUCGCCGUGCGUGCAGAUCGCGGGGCCCCAGGGGAUGGGGGCUGCCCUCGGGGCUUAAGCCCGCCCGCCGCCCCGCCCCGCCCCGGCCGCCAGCUCCCGACCCGCGCGUCCGCCCGCCCGCCCGCCUCUCUGGGACCAUGGGGCAUUAGCCGAGGAGGAAGCAUGCUGGCCGUCCGCUGCGCGCUGCUGACCGCCCUGCUUGCGACGCCCGGGACGGCGCUGGCACCGGGGGGCUGCCCCGCUCCAGAGAUGGCAAACGAUGUGCUGACCAGCCUGCCAGGGGCCAGCGUUACCCUGACCUGCCCAGGUGGGGAAGCGGGGGACAAUGCCACCGUUCACUGGGUGCUCAGGAAUCAGGUCACCGGUUCACGCCAAGGCAGAUGGGCUGGCGUGGGAAGGAGGCUGCUUCUGAGGUCUGUGCUGCUUAGCGACUCUGGAAACUAUUCGUGCUACGAGGACGGCCGCCCAGCUGGAAGCGUGCGUUUGCUGGUGGAUGUUCCCCCCGAGGAGCCCCAGCUCUCCUGCUUCCGGAAGAGCCCCCUCAGCAACGUGGGUUGUGAGUGGAGUCCUCGGAGUCCCCCGUCCCCGACCACCAAGGCCGUGUUAUUGGUGAGGAAGUUUCCGGUGAAAGACUUCCAGGAGCCGUGCCAGUACUCCCCGGAGUCGCAGCAGUUCUCCUGCCAGUUGGCAGUCCCAGAGGGAGACAACUCUUUGUACGUCGUGUCCCUGUGUGUCUCCAACAGUGCCGGGAGCCAGUCCAGCAGACCCCAAACAUUUGAGGGUUACGGAAUCCUGCAGCCUGACCCACCCGUCAAUGUCACGGUCACCGCCGUGGACAGAAACCCCCGCUGGCUCAGCGUCACCUGGCAAGACCCCCCUUCCUGGAACUCAUAUUUCUACAGGUUACAGUUUGAGCUCCGAUACCGGGCUGAACGAUCAAAGACAUUCACAAUGUGGAUGGUCAAGGAGCUCCAGUAUCACUGCAUCAUCCACGACGCCUGGAGUGGCAUGAGGCAUGUGGUGCAGCUCCGGGCCCAGGAGGAGUUUGGGCAUGGCUUAUGGAGUGAGUGGAGCCAGGAGGUCACGGGCGUCCCUUGGACAGAAUCCAAGAGUUCUCCAGUUGAGACUGAGCUGCCCCCCUCCACGGAGGCACCUACUACUAAUGAAGAUAAUGAAAAUAUUUUCUCCAAAGAUUCUGCAAAUGCAACAAGCCUCCCAGUGCAAGAUUCUACUUCGGUACCGCUGCCCACAUUCCUGGUGGCUGGAGGAAGCCUGGCCUUCGGGACGCUCCUCUGUAUCGGCAUCGUCCUGAGGUUCAAGAAGACGGGGAAGCUGCAGGCUCUGAAAGAAAGCAAGACGAGCGUGCACCCACCGUAUUCUUUGGGACAGCUGGUCCCUGAGAGGCCCAAGCCCACCCCAGUGCUCGUCCCCCUCAUCUCCCCGCCGGUGUCCCCCAGCAGCCUUGGGUCUGACAACACCUCGAGGACUAGCCGACCAGAUGCCAGUGGCCCUCAGAGCCCUUAUGACAUCAGCAACAGAGACUACUUCUUCCCCAGAUAGCUGGCUGGCCGGGUGGCACCUGGCAGCCUGAAGUGUCAGGCCCCCUGGACUAUGUGGAAGCUGAAGCAGAAACUGGCUUAGCAAUAGAUGCUCCUCACUGCCAUGCCAGCUCAUCUCAGGUACUCGGGGCCUCUGGCUUCACCUUUACAGAAGGGCCUCGCAGAAAGUUCUGUGCUGGGUGAAAAAAAGGUUUGCUGCAUCUGUUCAGAAGGAAGAGGUGGUUGGGUUUUUGAACCACUCUUCCCCAAAUGCCCUGCUUCCAGGGGUUAGAGUGAACUCAGGCCCCCGUGAAGAGAGGGGUGUCAGGACUCUACCGGACACUCAGGUGGGCAGAGCCGGGCGGCUGCACAGGCCUCAGACUCCCCCCGGGCUUGGUGUGGACAAGUUGCUGGCCGCCCGCGCACCCCGACCCACCUCCAGGAGCUGCACCCUCAGGCGGGUGGGAUGAAUUUCCAGCCAAAGACUCCCCGAGUCGCUUAUCUCUUGGCCCACCGCACAGUUUCACCUUCUAGCUUCUUGAAACCCAAGUGCCUUCGCAAUUCAGUUUUACUAGGCCUGAGAUUGGCUUUUCUUAAACCACCGAGGCUGGGGGAAAGUCUCACCUGCUUUUCUUCACUGAACAGCUGAGAGUGGGGUGAUAGUAUCUCAGGGCCUGAUGGUUUGAAAUGGAAUUAUAAUUAGUUCCUCAUUAGCAUUUUUCUAAAUGUGAAUGAUAGUCCUAGGCACUUGCUGAAUCCAGAAGCAACUGCACUGGCUCGAUUUCCCUUUUUGGAUCCCAGGACUUCAGGAAAGAAGCCGAGGGGGGGUGCUGGGGACAGGGUCUCCAUGCUUGUCUGUCGUAGCAUUGCUACCGGGACGGUGGCCUCUGCAAACCACCAUUCUCCAUUCUCCCCCUCCCCUGGCCCUCCAAAAUGAGAACUGGCAUUAGGGAGGGCUUCUGCCAGUGGUGAAAUCAAAGCUGCCUUAUUCCAGCUUUGUUUAUUUUGGUUUCAGCUGAGCCUGAGUAACCAGGGAAGAUAAUAUUUAUGCGAAAAGACAAAAGAACCUGGCAAGAAUGGAUUUUAAUUUGGUUUUUAAAAAACUGCUGACUAUUUUAUCUUCAGAGAGUGGAAGAUGCAGUAUUAGCUGAGUGUCAGUAUAGAAAUAAUGGGGGAAAAGCACAAUAGCUUUGUUUAGCACAAAACUGAGUCAAGUGGAAAAGGAGGAGAAAAGGAGAUUUUGCCCUAUUAGAGAAGAGACUCUGGUUUCAUUCUAAAUUUUGUUUUUGCCUUAAAAAGUGAAAAAAAAAAAAGUCUGCCUCUUCUCUAAUUGAGUGGAAAAGCAGCUUGUUACUACUCCCCCAGGCGGCUGAGAAGGAAACGGUGUCCAGCUCCGUGUCACAGUGCUGGGAAGCAAGCCUCCCACGAUUACCCAGCAGGUCAGCUGAAAAUCCCCACCCCUGAAAGCCACGAGCCCUUGGGUAUCAGAGGAGGUUCAUUAAAAAAAAAAAUCCCUAAACUUGGUGCCUUCCUCUCUUCAGUUAGUUCCUUGAAUGUGAUUCAGUUCAGCUAGUAUUGAAGCACCGAGUAAAUGUCUAGCCGUGACACUGCACUAACCACUUCAGUUCACUUUUCUGUCUGGGCUUUGAAAAUUCAGUGAUGUUAGUGGUUACCCAAACAAGCACCCUCAAGUAUUCUGGGAGGUCCCAGAAUGAAGCUGUGAUUAAAAUCAGUCGUGUAACCACCACUAAAAAUUUACCAGACCACAAAACUUUUCUAAUAGUCUCCAAUUUUAGAAAAAUAACCACCAGCACCAGAUAGGUGGGGAAAGGAUAGAAAUGACCAUGUUUUAUUUACCGUUUGCCAGGUUCAGACUGUUAUGAUGUUGGACUAUGCAGUGAUUUUCAUUGCUGGCUUUGGCUGUAAAUUUCAGGCCCUGUUGCUGCUUUUGGCAGCUAAUCUUAACUUGACAAAAGUGAGGCAGGUGGUUUUGUUUUGUUUUGUUUUUCUCUAAAUUUUCCUUGACUGAGAACAGCAAAAAUGCUGUUAAAGGGAAAUAUAAGAAAUGAGAAUCUGCAUGAGAUAGGGUGAUUCUGUGCCCACGGUUCUUUAACUCUUGACAAAGUUUUACCCACGUGUAAUAUUACCAGAGCCAGGCAGAGCGGUGCUAGUGGAAGAUGUGAAAUCCAGAUAGCUCAUGAUUGCUGAGAGCUAGGCAGCUUUGAUCUCCAAAUUGUUAUUGCUUUCAUUAUUAUUGGAACGGAACUGCAUUUUUUUUUUUAAUUGAAGAGGGUUUUUUUCCCUUUAUUUUUUUAUAAGCUAGUAUAGAUGAAGGAAAAAUAUUUGUCUUCUCUGGGUUUGUAGGCCUUGCUCAGUGUACACAGGUAUACACCCUAAGCUUUCUCUGUCCUUGAAUCUGUGGUUAGUGAAUGUGUGUUUCAAUCCAUAGGUCAUUCUUACCUGUGUUUCUGCAGCACACGUGCUGCCUUUUAUCCUCAAGUAGUAGUGAUGCUACUCACCUAAUAACUGUAGCAAUCUGCUACACAGCCAGAUGUGAAAUGUUAGCACAGCGACAAUUUUUGUUGAAGAUGGGCAACUUAUCCUGCUGGGUGGGAAAAGUUGAAAAUAUGCUAGAUCAAGGUCUCAAUUAAAGUAAGUGGUCAUUAAUUUUUGUAGCAUUAAUGAAAAAAAAAAAAAAGAGGUCGAGGAGGUAGCAUUGAAUGUGUCUACAAAGCCCUUGGUGACUCUGAGAGCUCUUUGCCCUGAUGGAGUCUUGCCCUUGCAGUUCGUUGGCUAGGCUCUUGGCUCACCCCGUGUGUCCGCCAUUUCCCAGCUGCCCCCAAGGGAAGGAAACACCAUUAACAAGGGGUGGAAUCUGCUGCUGGAAUGGAUUGGGAGCCCACCUGGUGGUGAACAGAGCUGAGCAGGGCAGGCUGGGAGUGGUCAUGGUUUGUGGGUUUCCUGCAGAAUGUUCAGGAAUGCCUUGCCUGGGUGCUUUGGUGCUGAGCUAUAUCGCUUCAUCAAAGGCACUUAAGAUUGACCCAGUCGGGGAGGAGUUGGUGAGAAAUUUAUCUUAAUUUGGAGAAGCAGGGGCAACUGGUGGUCCUUGGGAGCACGAGCCUGGAUCCCAGCCUUCCACGCAGCAGUUGGCAGUGGGGCUGUUGCUGAAAGGGAGCCCAGGUGGCUCAGCUUCUGUGCCAGACACUCCUGCGCAUCCCCGAAAGGUCCUUCCAGCAUCGUGUCCUUGGUGUAGCCUGGCCCCAGCGCCAGUGAGUUUCUAUGGCAACCUUAAUGAUUAUUAAGGAACAUUGUCAGUUGUAUGAACAUAUGCUCAAAUGCAGAUCUACUUCAGAAGGAAAGGAUUGGAACAGCAUGUAGCAAGGCUGUUCAUUAACAGAGAAACCAUAUUUGGAUGGAGAUCACACAUCCGUUAAAUAGAAUACCUCAACUUUACAUUGUUUUUUUUUUCUGGAGAGAAAUAAUAGUUUUAAGUUUUUGUUUUUAUUUUUUUACUUAAUUACCUGAAAGCAAAUACCAAAGGCUGAUGAUGUCUGUAUAUGGGGCAAAGGGUCAGUAUGAUGUCUUUCAAUGUUUUCUCUUUUUACUAGCUACUUUGCAUUUAAAGUGAAAAUUGUAAAUGUUUGAAAUAAAUAAGUUCUAAAACUA